AUGCAGCCUUCGUCCACCCUGCUCAUCCUCCUCCUCCUCCCCCAGCUCGCCUCACCAGCCUCCCUCCGGCAUCCCAAGACUCUGGCUGACUUGCUGGGUGCUGCCCCAGUCUCCGCCGAUGUCCCCGCGCCCCCCAGGGCCCGCGGCCCCAUGGCGGGAAGCCGCACCCAGCGCGACAGCCCCGAGCCCCCUUCCCUGGACCCGGCCUGGGCCCGUUUCUUCGCUGACUUCAUGAGCUGGCAGAGGAAGUUCUGGGGCCGGACCAGGAAGGUGCCGGCGCUGCAGGGCUGUUUCGGGAUGAAGCUGGACCGAAUCGGGACCCGCAGCGGGCUGGGCUGCUAG